AUGAAGCCAUCAACAAUCACAUCAUCUCCAGUUUACAUCAAGAUUCGUGUUAAUGAUCAACCAACGGAAGCAAUUGUUGAUACCGGUUCCGCCAUCUCAAUUAUUCAUUUAAAUUUUCUUAAAACUAUUCAUCACAAAAAUUUUAUUUAUAACAACCAUACAUGUCAAACAGCAAAUUCAACACCACUUAAUAUAAUUGGUCAAAUUAAAUUAGAAAUAAAAAUUAAAUCAAUAACAACUUAUGUCGUUGCUCAUGUUGCAACAAAUUUAAUUACAUCAAUAUUAUUAGGAAAUGAUUGGAUUGAUUCGAAUCAUGUUCACCUUUAUGGUGACCAGAAACAAUUAACUAUUCCUGAUCAACAUGAUCAAUUAAUUUCAAUUACAUAUGUGGAACCAACAUGUAUUAAUUAUCCGGCAUUAUUAGUUCAACAAAUUACUCUUCCACCAUAUUCACAAAAGUUAGUUGAUAUUACGUGUCAAGUUACUAACGCUAAUAAUCUUAUAUUUGAACCAUAUGAACGUCAUGCAUCAAAAUUUAUUUUUAUGCCACAUACAUUAUUAAAUAUUAAUAAAAAUCAUGCACAAGUGUUACUUAUAAAUGCACGAAAUCGACAACAAACAUUAUCAAAACACACACGAAUCGGUACCAUUACUCAUGACACAACUUUCUCGAUAUAUGCAACAUCACAAGUUCCAACAAAAGAUAAUUUAUUUUUAAAUAAAAAUCGUCAAAUAUUAUCUCAACAUUCGAAAAAUUUAAAUAGCAGAGCUGUCUUAAAUAGGAAAGACAACUCGGAUUCAACCAAAUCAAAUACUUAUUGUGACCGUUGCAAUGAAUAUUUUUUAUCUGGUAAUGAUUUACAAAAACAUUUAAGAGCAGAAUGUUAUUCCGAACAGAUUCGAAAACAAAUACUCGAAUCGACAAAACACAUAGAAAAUCGAAAACAUCAAUUAGCAACUCAAGAUAUAUUAUGGCGAAAUAAAAUAUUAUUUGAUCCUACACCAUCAAUAAUUAAUAUACCUUCACAAUCUGCAAUUAGAACUGGUGAUCAUCCACCUAUUUACUCGAAACAAUAUCCCGCUUCAUAUAAGGAUCAAGAUAUUAAAUUUCAAGAAACACAAAAAUUAUUAGAACGUGGUCAAAUUGAAGAAUCAACUUCUCCGUGGUCAUCACCUAUUGUUCUAGUUAAGAAAAAAGACAAAACAAUGCGAUUUUGCAUUGAUUAUCGACGAUUAAAUGCUAUUACAAUUAAAGAUGCAUUUCCAUUACCUCGUAUUGAUGAAAUUUUUGAUCAAUUAUCCGAUGCAAUAUAUUAUACAAAAUUUGAUUUUAAAUCUGGUUAUUUUCAGGUACCUCUAUCGAAAGAGGACCGUCCAAAAACUGCAUUCUCAACUCGCGAUAAUCAUUAUCAAUUUACAGUACUUCCACAAGGAAUUACCAACGGACCCGCAACUUUCCAACGUGUCAUUAAUCACAUAUUAGGACCCGCACGAUGGAAAUAUGCAUUAGCUUAUAUUGAUGAUGUAAUUAUAUAUUCUAAAACAUUCGAAGAACAUUUAUUACAUCUCAAUGAAAUUUGUACAAUAUUAAAAAAUGCUCGAUUUCGUCUUAAUCCAGAUAAAUGUGAAAUUGCUCGAACACAAAGAGAGUAUCUUGGACAUCAAAUUAACAAUGGUGAAAUUCGUCCAAGCCCUCACAAUAUUAAUGGUUUAUUAAAUACAAGAUUACCACAAACUCCAGAUGAAGCUUGCAAAUUUGUUAAAGCAGCUGAAUAUUAUCGGAAAUUUAUACCAAAUUUUUCUCAAAUCGCCGAACCACUAAGAAAAUUUGUUCCGACUACAAGAACUCAACAAAAGAAAGGACAAAAAACUAUUAUUACCUUAAAAAUUGAUGAAAUUAAAGCCUUCGAACAACUUAAACUUUAUCUUACAACUGAUCUAGUAUUACGGCUUCCAAAUAAUAGAUUCCCAUUUAAAGUACAAACUGAUGCAUCUGAUGAGGGAAUCGGUGCAGUAUUAUUACAAAUUUAUCCAGACGGUGAUAGACCAAUUGCAUUUCUUUCGAAAAAAUUUACUCAAGCACAACGUAAAUGGUCUCCUAUGGAGCAAGAAUGUUAUGCAUUUAUAUGUGCAUUACGUAAACGGCAUAACUAUUUAAGUGGAAUUAAAUUUGUAUGGGAAACUGAUCAUAAAGCAUUAACACAAUUAAAUCAAAAAGCUCAAAUUAAUAAACGAUGUGAAAGAUGGAGAUUAAAAAUUUUAGAAUAUGAUUUCAAGGUGAAAUAUAUUCCUGGAUUAACAAAUUCGAUGCCUGAUUACUUAUCAAGAUCUCCAGUUGACGAUGCUGAAGAAGAUCCUGAUGACAUUUCACACCUUAUUUCAAAAUCAACACAAACUGAUUUUCCAAAUGAUAAUAAUUAUUCAUCUAUUGUCACAGCUGUUGAAACUCGUGCUAUGAAAUUACGAAAUCAAACUUUAAAUGAUACAAAUGAUAAUAAAAAAUUACAAUCAGAUUCUCUAAAUAAUUCCAUUGAAGAGAAUCGAAUUAUUUCAUUUUCAAUUGAAGAUUUAAUGCAAGCUCAACAAAUUGAUAAUUAUGCAAAAAAUAUUCUAAACAAUAUCAAGAAAUAUAAAAAUUAUAUUAUAAAAAAUAAUCUUUUAAUGCGUCGAUCAAAAACUCCAGUUCCUUAUGUACCACAAGGUGAUCUCCGAAGAACAAUUUUACAAAUUUAUCAUGAUACUGCAGCAAAUGGUGCUCAUUUUGGAAGAGAUAAAACAAUACAUAAAAUUAAACAGCGUUACUUUUGGCCAUCAAUGUAUAAAGAUAUUAAUAAUUAUAUUAAAUCAUGUAUUCUAUGUACACAAUUUAAUCCUCGUCGACAAAAAAAUUCUGGUACAUUAAGACCUAUUAAACCUCCUGAUGGAGUAUGGCAAUUAGUAUCAAUGGAUUUUCAUGGACCUAUUACUCCAACAACUCAACGUGGAAAUAAAUAUAUUAUAUCUCUUACUGAUGUUUUAUCAAAAUUCGUCGUUACUGAAGCUACUUUUGAGGGGGGGGGCCUUAAUAAACGUCAAGCUAAAGUACUACUUAUAAAUGCUCACAAUCGACAACAAAUAUUACCAAGAAAUACACGAAUCGGAACUAUUUCUCGUGAAACAACAUAUUCAAUAUUUACAACAACAGAAUCUUCAAUAACACACAAUUCUUUUUUACAUGGAAACUUUCAAAGGUCACCUCGAUCUUUAAAAAAUUUUAAAAGCGGAGCUGUCUUAAACAAAAAAGACAACUCGAAUUCAACAAAAUUAAAUGUUACUUGUGAUUUAUGUAAUGAAUAUUUUUUAUCUGGAAAUGAUUUACAGAAACAUAUACGAGCAAAAUGUUAUUCCGAUCAGAUUCGAAAGCACAUACUCGAAUCGACCAAACAUAUAGAAAAUGAAAAACAUCGUUUAGCAAUUCAAGAUAUAUUAUGGCGAAAUAAAAUAUUAUUUGAUCCUACACCAUCAAUUAUUAAUAUUCCAUCACAAUCAGCAAUCAGAACUGAUCAAGAUAUAAAAUUUCAAGAAACACAAAAAUUAUUAGAACGAGGUCAAAUCGAAGAAUCGACUUCUCCAUGGUCAUCACCUAUUGUUCUUGUUAAGAAGAAAGAUAAAACUAUGCGAUUUUGUAUUGAUUAUCGACGCCUCAAUGCUAUUACAAUUAAAGAUGCUUUUCCACUUCCUCGGAUCGAUGAAAUAUUUGAUCAAUUAUCUGAUGCAGUAUAUUAUACCAAAUUUGAUUUUAAAUCUGGCUAUUUCCAGGUACCUCUCUCUAAAGAGGACCGUCCGAAAACUGCAUUCUCAACCCGUGAUAACCAUUAUCAAUUUACAGUACUUCCACAAGGUAUUACGAAUGGACCCGCAACAUUUCAACGUAUAAUUAAUCAUAUAUUAGGACCCGCAAGAUGGAAAUAUGCAUUAGCUUAUAUCGAUGAUGUUAUCAUAUAUUCGAAAACAUUUGAAGAACAUUUAACACAUCUUAAUGAUAUUUGUACAAUGUUAAAAAAUGCUCGAUUUCGUCUUAAUCCGGAAAAAUGUGAAAUUGCUCAAACUCAAACAGAUUAUCUUGGACAUAAUAUAAAAAAUGGUGAAAUUCGUUCAAGUCCUAAUAACAUCAAUGGUCUAUUAAAUACAAGAUUACCACAAACGGCAGAUGAAGCUUGCAAAUUUGUUAAAGCAGCUGAAUAUUAUAGAAAAUUUAUUCCAAACUUUUCACAAACUGCUGAACCACUUCGAAAAUUUGUUCCAACUACAAGAACUCAACAAAAGAAAGGACAAAAAACUAUUAUUACAUUAACUGAUGAUGAAUUAAAAGCAUUCAAUCAACUUAAACAAUUUCUUACAACAGAUAUAGUAUUACGACUUCCAAAUAACAGAUCCCCUUUCAAAGUACAAACUGAUGCAUCGGAUGAGGGGAUCGGUGCAGUAUUAUUACAAAUUUAUCCUGAAGGAGAUAGACCUAUUGCAUAUCUCUCAAAGAAAUUUACUCAAGCACAACGUAAAUGGUCUCCAAUGGAACAAGAAUAUUAUGCUUUUAUUUGUUCAUUAGAUAAAUGGCAUAAUUAUUUAAGUGGAAUUAAAUUUGUAUGGGAAACUGAUCAUAAAGCAUUAACACAAUUAAAUCAAAAAGCACAAAUUAAUAAACGAUGCGGACGUUGGAGAUUAAAAAUCUUAGAAUAUGAUUUCAAAGUUAAACACAUUCCUGGUUUAACAAAUGCGAUGCCUGAUUAUUUAUCAAGAUCUCCAGUUGAUGAUGCUGAAGAAGAUCCUGAUGAAGUUUCACUUCUUAUUUGA